AUGUUAAAUUUAUCCUGCUUUGUAGCAUUAUUAUUUCUUUCGUUAAAUCAUUCGAUUUCAGCUCUUUCUUGUUACGAAUGUGAAUCAACAUUUCCAGCAAGCAGUAUUUGUUUACCAACAUGUACUACAAGAUUUGUACCGGGUAGCACAUGUGUACUUAUGCGAAAUAUUUCAUUAGAACCUAGUGACGUAGGAUCUCUUCGUGCUGCUCAUAUCGGUGAUGUACCGACGAUGCCAAAUAUUACAGAAAAAAGUUUUGUUUUUGGAGAAGAAGCUGUAUAUCUAAAUCCAUCUGCAGCUGUAGGUUGGGAUUGGGAAUACGGACCAAUUACAUAUGGAUGUGAUACUGAUAAUUGUAAUCAUCCUGAAGAUGUUAAUCGUUUACCGAAUGCAUUAAAUGCGCGUAUACCAAAUGCAACGCUUGAACGAUUACUUCUUGGCGAUCUUGAUAGUAGCUGUUAUGUUUGCGAUACAUGUCUCGAUUCAGAUGUUACUAAUACAGAUAUGUCAAAUUGUACAAAAGAACCUUGUCUAAAUCAUGCUUGUGGUUUUGUUGCUACACGAAACUCACCUAGUAGUACAAAACAAUGUAAUGCUGGAUGGCAUUACAGUAGUUAUUGUAUGGGCUCCCGUGAGGUCGCUCAAGUUGAUAUGACUCUUAUCUAUUAUAUUCGUUCAAAAAGUUUCUAUAUCUAUCAAAUGGAAGCUGUUUGUUUACGUAAUGAUUGCAACAAUAUGACAACUUUCAAGCAGCUUAAAGAUGCUGUCACUGUGGAUCCUGAUCUUACAUGUUUAAUCGACUCUAGUAAUUCAAGUACAACUACUUCUAUUAGACCAGUUACAAGCACUACCGCUAGAGUAACUACAAGCACUGCCGUUGGAGGACUGACAAGCACUACAACUAGACAGGUCACAGGCACUUUGACUGGGCCAACUACAGCACAAUUGAGCACAGGUAGUGGUAUUACAACUGUAUCAAAUAUACAAAUAACAACAACAGGCAGUGGACCUGAACAGCUUUUUGUCAAUACAAAACUCUUUAUUUUCGUAAUUUUUUUCUUUUUAUUUCAUUAA